AUGUCACGGUCAUCGAACAAAAAACAAGAGAACAACAAGAUAGAUUGGCAAUUACCAGCUAUCUCAACCUCCGCGUCAGCUCAUAACAUUAAUAGAGAGCUCUUUGUUCUCACCUAUGGCGCAUUGGUCGCUCAGCUUUGUAAAGACUACGAAAGUGACGAUGAAGUCAACAAGUGCCUGGACACAAUGGGAUACAACAUUGGCAUUCGGUUAGUAGAAGACUUCCUGGCGAAUUCUGGUAUAAAGAAGUGUCGAAGCUACAGUGAGACAGUAGACAUUAUCGCCAAGGUGGCGUUCAAAAUGUACCUUGGUAUCACCCCUACUCUGAUUGGUGACAAUGUUGGUGGGAAUGAAUUUUCCCUCAUCCUCGAAAAAAAUCCAUUAGUUGAAUUUAUUGAAGAACUUCCAACGGGACGCUCAUCACUUUCCUACUGUAACCUACUGUCAGGAGUCAUCAGGGGAGCUCUAGAAAUGAUCCACUUACCAGCCGAUGUCACAUUUAUUCAGGACAGACUGAAAGGGGAUGAUGUAACAGAAAUAGGAAUUACAUUUUUAAGAAAGAUUGAAGAAAAAAAGACAAAACGAAAUAAGUGAAGAUUGUGUAUCGAAGAUUAACAUAUUAUAUUUAUUGUAAUAGCAAUACAGAUGACAAUAAAGUGAUACAAGUAGGAAAAUGCCUAUGCAAAACAAAAUGUACUGCUAAGUUUUUUUGAGAUGUAGAAUCAGAGUAAAUAUUAUGGGAAAGUAAGGCUCAAUAUUCUAACUUGCAAAAAUAAUGUGGCCUUUGUGAUUUGAGUAUUGUUAUUAUUUAUUAAUAAUUAUAAAAACAAGUAAAGUGUUUAUUUCUA